CGUAGUCGUAUUGGAUUCACAUAGAAUUAUCCAGUUUUGAUUUCUUGGUUUGUGCGUUGAAUAUUAUAUAUUCUUCAGGAUGUCUCUAAUAACAGACAAAGAAAACAUUAGCAGUGGUAUCAACAAUGUUCACAUUAAGUCUCCCGUUAAAAACAUUUUAUCAUUGAGAAACUCCAACUCUCCAGUCGCAAUGGAGAAAAUGGAAGUGGAGAAGGAGAGUAAAGAAUUUGAUCCUCAAUUGGAGCCCCUACUCCGUGAAAAUCCUAGACGAUUUGUUAUAUUUCCUAUACAGUAUCCAGAUAUUUGGAAUAUGUACAAAAAGGCUGAAGCUUCAUUCUGGACAGUAGAGGAAGUUGAUUUAUCAAAGGACUUAUCAGACUGGGAGAGCUUGAAAGACUGCGAGCGCCAUUUUAUUAAACAUGUAUUAGCAUUUUUUGCUGCCUCUGAUGGAAUUGUCAAUGAGAAUCUUGUGGAACGCUUCUCACAAGAAGUGCAAGUGACUGAAGCGAGAUGCUUCUAUGGAUUCCAGAUUGCUAUGGAAAAUGUCCAUUCAGAGAUGUAUUCAUUACUUAUUGACACAUAUAUCAGAGAUCCAAAAGAGAGGGAUUUCCUGUUCAAUGCUAUUGAAACUCUACCAUGCAUAAAGAAGAAGGCAGACUGGGCUCUUCAGUGGAUCGCGAGCAAAUCUGCUACUUUCGGCGAACGUAUCGUUGCCUUUGCGGCUGUGGAAGGCAUUUUCUUUUCUGGUAGUUUUGCAUCUAUCUUUUGGCUCAAGAAAAGAGGUCUUAUGCCAGGGUUGACUUUCAGCAAUGAACUAAUAUCCAGGGAUGAGGGCCUCCACACAGACUUUGCUUGCCUAAUGUUCAAGCACCUUGUUCAGAAGCCGAGCAAGCAACAAGUGCUUCAUAUAAUUAAAGAUGCCGUCCUGAUCGAACAGGAGUUCCUCACAGACGCACUGCCUGUCAGGCUCCUUGGCAUGAACUGUGAACUGAUGUCGCAAUAUAUCGAAUUCGUUGCCGAUAGAUUGCUUGUUGAUUUGCUGGGCGAAAAGCAUUACAACACAAAGAAUCCAUUUGACUUCAUGAAUCUCAUUUCCUUGGAAGGCAAGACAAACUUCUUUGAGAAGAAAGUAGGCGAAUACCAAAAAUGGGGUGUCAUGGCGAAUCGCACGGACAAUGUGUUCACUUUGGAUGCAGAAUUCUAAACAAAAAUUUUAGCUUAAUGUAAAUAAUAUAGUGACAGUAUUAAAGAUUCCAAUGUUGUACUAGAUGUAAGGAUAACAAUAUCAGUAACGGUUGAACCGCUUACUGUCUAAUUUUGUAUAAAAUCAAAUAUUUGUAAUUGUACCUGUGACUGAUUGACUGAAGGAACAUGUGGCCUACUAAAACACGGGAAAAUUAUGAAUGAAUUGUAAAUAAUGACUACAACAAUGACUAGUUGAAUAAUGAUUUAUUAUAACAUUUUGCA